GUGAGGUACCUCACUCACUCAUGCUUUACACUUUGGAGUUGGACAACAUUAGCAAGACUUGGUAGGACUCCAGCAGAAAACUAUCUUCCAAUUAACAGAAGACAUCAACCCAAUAGGACAACGGGGAACACAAAACGACAGGGGGAGAAAGGCUCUUUGAAGAGUCUAAUCCAAGAGGAUACCCAGGAAGAUCUUCUGGUGAUCUGGGAGCAGGUCGGACUUCUCCCAGUUGACUAACCAGCCCAAGUUCUGGAGGCGCAAGAGAACCACUUAAAUGUGCCUGUGAAGGAGAUCUGAGGUUUCUGUCACUAUUAGCAGAUCGUCCAGGACAAAACUACCUACUCAUCAUGUGGCUACUCCUGCUGGCCGUAUUUGGUCUGAUCUUAUUGUACAGAUGGUACCGACAAAGUCUUAUCCUGGAAAAUCUCACAGAUAAAUACGUCUUCAUUACUGGAUGCGAUACUGGAUUUGGAAACCUGCUGGCAAAGCAGUUAGACAACCGCGGAAUGAAAGUCCUGGCUGCUUGUCUGACCGAUCAUGGAGCAGAGAACCUAAAGAAAGAGACCUCUAGUAGACUGCAAACAGUAAUACUAGAUGUUACUAACAGCGAAAGUAUAAGCGCGGCUGCUGAAAUUGUGUCCACUACAGUUGGAAAUGCAGGUCUCUGGGGUUUGGUUAAUAAUGCAGGGGCUUUUGGUCCUGCUCCCAAUGAAUGGCAAAAAAAGGAGGAUUUCGUAAGGGUCGUGAAUGUAAACUUAAUUGGUACAGUGGACGUGACUCUACAUCUACUGCCGCUUGUAAGAAAAGCUCAAGGACGUAUUGUUAACAUAUCUAGUUGUUUAGGAAGAUUGUCAUUUAUCGGUGGUGGAUAUUGCAUGUCAAAGUAUGGUGUGGAGGCUUUCUCCGACGGUUUAAGGAGGGAAUUGUGUGAGUUUGGAGUAAAAGUCUCCAUCAUAGAACCAGGCGCUUUCGGAACAAUGAUGACCCUUUCAAUAGAUAAUCAUGUAAAUAACUUAAAGCGUUUGUGGGAAAAUCUACCCCAAGGAAUUAAAGACAGCUAUGGCGAGCAAUACUACGAACAAUAUGAGAAGGCUCUGAGGGGUUUGGUAGGAACAGCCAGUCCCAAGAUUUACGAGGUUACCAACAGUAUGGAGCAUGCUUUGACUGCUGUGUACCCAUGGACAAGAUAUUCUCCUGGCUUGGACAGCAAGCUUUUCUACCUCCCUAUGUCAUACCUCCCUACUGUAUUAUCUGACUAUGUGCUAUGUCACUCGGCACCUAAACCAGUCGCUAAGAAAUGGGGAGAGAGACCGGCACAGCCAAAUGUGACUCUACAAAAUGGGCUGUAAUUCAAUCAUAUGUUUAUCACUGAGAGAUAACAAUGUAAUAUUUGGAAACUCUUCUAAUAAAGUGUAAUAUGCAAUAA